AAAAAUUAUCCUACCGUUGACCAAAAAUUUGUGGACCAUUUUACCCAUCAAUAUCUAACCAAACAGUGUGUAAUAUCUCUAUGGUACACCUUAGCACCUACAUAGCUUUGCAUCAAAUUCAAAGCAGUUCUAUUUUAAUUUUUGCAACACCUGGAGCAAAGAAAAGAGGGUCCUUUGAGUUAAAGAAGAUACAGAUAUGACUAAGAACAAACUGAUGGUCUUAUUCUUCUUCUUCUUCUUCUUGUUGCUGUCAGGGGUUGGAGCCCAAGCAGACGAUCGUGAUCGUGGCGAUGAGUGCCUGCCCACAAGCUGCGGAGACGAGGGCCCAGAAAUCCGGUUCCCGUUCUGGCUAAAGGAUCAUCAACCGGACCAUUGUGGCUAUGGGCCAGACUUCGCUCUUACCUGCUCUCCGGCCAACAACGAAACCCUGCUUGAUAACCCAUUUUCUGUCAAGGUGGUGGUCGAAUCCAUCGAUUACCAUUGUCAGUAUGUAUGGUACGAACUCUCCGGUGAUUAUGCUCUGCAUCAGAAAAACCUAAGCCUAAUAUUCGACACAUCUGCCUUCAGUCCAUUCCAAUUGUUGUCCAACAUUGGCCCUGGAUACAGAGUAUUCGGUUGUCGCUUCUACUUGGUAUAUCCAUAUGACGCUCUCUGUGAAUACUCCGUAUUCAGUUGUCUCUCCUCCUGGGAAGAUUCAUAUGGCAUUUAUGAAGAAUAUACACCACUCCCAUGCCUUAGCCGCCAAGGUCAAAAUCUCUACUUGCUGAAUUCGGAUUAUUUGAUCAGGCGAAACCUGUUGAAGAAUUGCAAAAAGAUUGAUACCAUUCCAUCAAUUCCACGUCUACAUCUGUUCGAAACAGGGUACAAUUAUGGUUGCUCCAGGGGCCGGUCAGCCUGGUCGGAACCUAGUUGUGGCAAAUGUGAAGAACAAGGCCAGUACUGCAGAUUGAGUAGUAGCAAUAACAGCAAGAAGCAUGAAACCGAAUGCUUUGGCACUAUUCCACAACCUGACAACACUAAUUAUCAUAUGCCACCAGGAGGUACUUCUCAUCCUUCAGAAGAAAAGGAAGAAUAUUUACUUCACUUUCCUCGCGCUUUCAUUUUAUUUGAUUCUUCAAUUAAUGAAAAAAUUCAACAUAAACUUCUUCAAGUUGGGUUUUAGAUGCAUGUUUAAAGCAAUUAUAUUUUGUAAAAUGUCAAAAGUUAACUACCUUCUUUAACCCAAGAGAAACGGCGGGCUGUACGUGAGUAUCAACCACCCCAUAAAAUGAAUAUGACUUGCCAUAGUACUCACCUCUGCAAUUAUUGACCUCAGAGAGCUUGGGUCUUGAUAAUUAUAUGAAUUCGCUUGUAUGAUAAAUUAACUGGCGUUUUUUUAUUAUCUUAUAUGUACAGGUGAAAAAAAGAGCCCACUUGUUAAAGGUGAAUUGUCUUUCCUUUUACUCCCCUCAUUUUUUCUCAACAUUCGCGUAGUAAUUUGGUUGUUUAAACUUGCAGGUCUCAUCCCUCCUGGCGUUUUUCUUCUUGUUGUAUUUGUCAUAGCUACAUAUUUUGCCCACAGAUCCAAAAUUUUAAAGAAAGAGGAUCAACUAAAGGUUGAAAGAUUUUUAGAGAACUACAGAGCUCUCAAGCCUACAAGGUACACAUAUGCGGAGAUAAAGAAAAUUACUCAUAAUUUGAAGGACAAACUAGGCCAAGGAGGUUAUGGAACUGUUUUCAAGGGAGAGCUCUCCAAUGAUGUGCCUAUUGCAGCCAAGAUCCUCAACAACUUCACAGGAAAUGGUGACGACUUCAUCAAUGAAGUGGGAACGAUAGGUACGAUCCACCAUGUCAAUGUGGUUCGCUUGGUUGGAUAUUGUGCUGACGGGUAUAAAAAGGCUCUUGUUUACGAGUACAUGCCCAAUGAUUGUCUAGAGAAGGUCAUAUCAUCUGAUCAUAAAAAAACUUCACUUGGUUGGGAGAAACUCCAAGAUAUUGCUCUUGGCAUAGCCAAAGGAAUUGAUUAUCUUCACCAAGGGUGUGAUCAAAGAAUCCUUCAUUUCGAUAUUAAGCCUCAUAACAUCUUGUUAGACAAAAAUUUCAUCCCAAAAAUCUCUGAUUUUGGGCUAGCCAAGUUGUGCUCGAAAGAACAAAGCAUCGUAUCCAUGACAGCUGCUAGAGGAACCGUGGGUUAUAUUGCACCAGAGGUGUUCUCUAGAAACUUCGGUAAUGUGUCACACAAGUCAGAUGUCUAUAGUUUUGGAAUGUUGUUGCUUGAAAUGGUUGGAGGGAGGAAGAAGAACAUUGAUGUUCGUACAGAAGAAAAUAGUGAAGUUUACUUUCCUGAAUGGAUUUAUAAUCGUUUAAAUCGCGAAGAAGUAAAUAACAAUGAAGUUGAGGAAGGUGGAGAUGCCAAGAUUGUUAAGAAGCUAACAAUUGUAGGACUUUGGUGCAUUCAGUGGUACCCAGGAGACCGACCCUCAAUGAAAGCUGUGGUUCAAAUGCUCGAGGGAGAUGGAAAGACUUUGGCCAUGCCCCCAAAUCCCUUUUCUACCACCAGUCAGUCAAUUACAAGGGGAAACAUGGGCGGAAGGCAUUUUAGCAGUGUGUUAGAGAUCAUUUCUGAAACCGAUUGAGAGAAGUGUUGCUCAAUAAUUGGUUGGUGUUUUUAGGAGAGUCUAAUGCACUGUCUUUUGUUUGUAAGUAUCAUGAUAGAAGUUUGUACUCAUCUACUGUUGUAUCCUUAAUCCAAUAAUAUUUACGAGCGAUAGAAUAAACUCGAGAUUGCUUUUUCGAAGUUA